GCGGUUCUGUCAAACAAUGCGCGUGAGAAAAGAAAACAAAGCAAAAAACAACUUUGUGCGCGCGCUCGUGUGAUUAUUAUUAUUAUUAUUAUUAUUAUUAUUGUUAUUAUUAUUAUUGUUAUUGUUAUUAUUGUUAUUAUUAUUAUUGUUUUCCGAUUGCGAUGCAUCAGGAACUCGGAUGCGCUCGUGACUUUCUGCGUUUAUUUCUUGAGUAGUGAUCGCGUGCGUGCGCGCGCGCAGUUUUUGUGACAGCUUUGGUUGCGCGCGCGCGCGCGCGUGCCACAGAAAGCUGCGAGAGGAGCAUCAGAGGAACAUGGGCACCCUGCGAGACCUGCAGUACGCCUUGCAGGAGAAGAUCGAGGAGCUGAGACAGAGGGACGCACUGAUCGAUGAGCUGGAGCUCGAGCUGGACCAGAAAGAUGAGCUGAUCCAGAAACUCCAGACCGAGCUGGAUAAGUACCGCUCUGUGAUCAGACCGGCCACACAGCAGGUCCAGCAGAAACACAACGAGCUCCAGGAGCAGCAGAGGACCAAACGGCAAGCCAUCUCAGCCGAGCCAACCGCUCUGGACAUCCAGGAUCUCAGCCAAGUCACCCUGCCUUUCUACCCCAAGAGCCCAGAGUCAAAGGAACUCAUCAAGGAGGCCAUUCUAGACAAUGAUUUCAUGAAGAACCUGGAGCUCUCACAGAUCCAGGAGAUAGUGGACUGCAUGUACCCGGUGGAAUAUGACAAGGAGAGCUGCAUUAUUAAAGAGGGCGAUGUGGGCUCGCUCGUCUACGUUAUGGAAGAUGGCAAGGUGGAGGUGACCAAGGAGGGCAUGAAGCUGUGCACCAUGGGACCAGGCAAAGUGUUUGGCGAGCUGGCCAUCCUCUACAACUGCACCCGCACCGCCACUGUUCAGACUCUCACUAAUGUGAAGCUAUGGGCCAUUGACCGGCAGUGUUUCCAGACCAUUAUGAUGAGGACAGGACUCAUCAAGCAUGCUGAGUACAUGGAGUUCCUCAAAAGUGUUCCCACAUUCCAAGGACUUGCAGAAGAAAUACUCAGCAAACUUGCUGACGUGCUGGAAGAGACUCACUAUAGUGAUGGAGAAUACAUAAUCAGACAGGGUGCUAGAGGAGAUACCUUCUUCAUCAUCAGUAAAGGAAAGGUGAAUGUUACCCGGGAGGAUUCACCCAAUGACAUUGUUCAUCUGCGUGGUUUGGAGAAAGGGGACUGGUUUGGAGAGAAAGCUCUUCAGGGAGAAGACAUUCGGACAGCCAAUGUCAUUGCUGCUGAUGCUGUCACCUGCCUGGUCAUCGACAGAGAUUCAUUUAAGCAUUUGAUUGGAGGUCUGGAUGACGUCUCGAACAAAGGCUAUGAGGACGCUGGAGCUAAAGCAAAAUACGAGGCAGAAAACGCCUUCUUCUCCAACCUGAAGCUGGUGGACUUCAACAUCAUCGACACCUUAGGGGUGGGAGGAUUCGGACGAGUCGAGCUGGUGCAGCUCAAAAGUGAGGAGACCAAAACGUUUGCCAUGAAGAUUCUGAAAAAGCGCCACAUUGUAGACACGAGGCAACAGGAACACAUCCGCUCUGAGAAACACAUCAUGCAGGAAGCCCAUUCAGACUUUAUAGUGAGAUUAUACAGGACAUUUAAAGACAGCAAAUAUCUGUAUAUGCUGAUGGAAGCCUGCUUGGGAGGAGAACUAUGGACCAUUCUUCGAGACAGAGGAUCUUUUGAAGACUCCACAACUCGCUUUUACACUGCCUGUGUAGUGGAAGCUUUCGCUUAUUUGCAUUCCAAAGGGAUAAUUUACCGAGAUCUCAAGCCAGAAAACCUCAUCCUAGACCACAGAGGCUAUGCCAAGCUGGUGGACUUUGGUUUUGCCAAAAAGAUUGGAUUUGGGAAGAAGACAUGGACUUUCUGUGGAACACCGGAAUAUGUAGCCCCAGAAAUUAUUCUCAACAAAGGUCAUGACAUUUCAGCAGAUUACUGGUCGCUUGGUAUCCUCAUGUAUGAACUCCUGACUGGCAGCCCACCAUUCUCAGGGCCAGAUCCAAUGAAGACAUAUAAUAUAAUCUUAAGAGGUAUUGAUAUGAUUGAAUUUCCAAAGAAGAUCACCAAAAAUGCUGCCAAUCUCAUAAAGAAACUAUGCAGGGACAAUCCAUCUGAGAGACUAGGAAACUUGAAAAAUGGGGUGAAGGACAUCCAAAAGCACAAAUGGUUUGAAGGCUUUAACUGGGAAGGGUUGCGCAAAGGGACGCUCACCCCUCCUAUUAUCCCAGAAGUCUCAUCACCAACUGACACCAGUAACUUUGACAGUUUUCCCGAGGACAAUGAAGACCCACCACCUGACGACAACUCAGGCUGGGACACGGAUUUCUGAUCCAACCUCCAGGACAUGACUGUGUUGAGUGACUGCUGCUCAAGGAGGCAAUCUGAAGAAGAAGAAGAGUCCAGCUCUGGGUCACCAUGAUGCCUUCCCCAAUGCUGUCCCCCUCCUGCAGCGGCAUUGGGAUGUCCCAGAUCCAUAAACAUCCAAGCCCAUUGUUCUGCGUGCUGAGUUUUGAAGACACACUCUGAUAGCUUUAUUACAUCGCAUUAUUCCUCACACUUCUGUUCUAUUUGCCUUUUACUGAUUGGACAGAGCAUGAGUUAUACUUAAUGACAGGAUUUGGACCGUGCUGAAUUUUCUACCUGCUGUUACAAUUCCAUGCUCACUGGCUUUUCUGAACUUUACUUUCUUAACCAGUGUAAUAGUAUAUGAUAAUACGAUUGUGUAUAUAUGGUUAUUAUAUAUUUGGAAAGUCUCGCGCUCUAUGUGUCAUGAUACAGUAAAGACGAGCAAAUUUCUUGAAUAUAAUGAAAUGUCCUUCCACUUUAAUCCUUUUCCUUCAUGCUUAUAUUCCAAUGAAUAUUCAUAACAGUUAGUCUAUUUUGCUUAAAAGCUCACAUCUCUGUAUUCUUGCAAAAAUUUCAUCCAUCCACUCAUUUUCUUAUACUGAAUGUGUCUUAGGCGAGGGUCAGUGUCUACAGGUUUACACCACCAGAGGGCAGUCUGUGACAAACACAAGCCACUUGAUGUCAUGAGUUCAUGAAGAGAAAGGGAAACAAUCAGCAAACGAUUAUCAUGUACAUGCUGCUAUAUGAUGUGCCCUGUCAUUAUUGCUGGCCAUGCCGACUACAAAACCACAAUCAUGACAUCAUCAAUGGCUAGACAACUGCCCGAAGGCUGACAAUAGCUUGAACACAAACUACUGUGCUGGAAAACAAAUUAAGGAUUUUUAUUUAUUGUAGGACCAGAGAUAAAUAUUUAUGUACAUAUUCAGUGCUGAUAUUUUGUGAUAUUUGUAGAAGAAGAACAAUUAUUGUCAGAGUAAAGCUGGCUCUGUUAUUUAAGUUGUUUGGAAUAUGUUUUAUCUGUAUGGUACUUCGUAGAAUUUGUUGAUCUCUUUUGUGCACCUCGUGUCCAAAACUUCAUGAUGGACAGUUUGUGCUUAUUGUUUUUGUUUUUUGUUUUGUUUUUCUUCUGGCAUUAUUGGAAGUGCCUUAAUUCAAUGGCAUUCUAUAUAGACCCUACGUUGGUACUGAUGCUGCAUGACUAGGUGAAAACCUAAAAUAUGUAAUCCUUAUUCGUUUGUGGCUUUUUUUAACGUUCAG